UAGAUAGAUAGGCCAGCGAACAUCACUCAAAUCACUUCCAUAAGCCAGCAAUGUUUACUGGGGAAACGUCAACUAAGGAGAAUAGAGAGUAUAUCUGACACGUUCUGUCACUUAGGCCGGGGUUUUUUUUGUUGUUGCGGAGAUAAACAGACUGGACUGGACAUCUGGCCAUUAACAGACAUUACGACAACACAGGACACCUUUUGUGUGUUUGAUGGUUGCUUUUCUUCUUAGACAAGGAUUGAUCCUUAAGAAACUCAAUGUAAUAAAUGAGUUGUAUCCGCGCGUUGAUGAUCACACUAUUCAUUAACGACACAAUGUCGACUACCUGGACUAACUUAAGACUUGUGGCCUCUCAGAACUACACAAGGCAGCAUCACUGACAUGGCUUUACCACAAUGCGCGUGUUAUCAUGUUUGGUGCGUUAUUUCUUUGAUACCGAAAAUGUCUUCGGGAUACAAUUCUAUUACUACUUCAGCGCCUAUGAACUAACGGAAUAUUAUUCAACAGAAACAAACUCGGGCGUAGUGUUGGGCUGAUUAUCACAGGGUUUCUUGUUUCUGAUGUUGGCUCUAGUUACUUAAUUGAAGGAAGUUACUGUGAAAUAUGCACCUACAGACCACGGGCAAACAAGAAUGACUGUAAAACGUAAUGGAUUAAGAUGGUAAUUGACACUUUUCUGUCCGGACCUUAACUUUCAAGCGGCACUCAGCUUCAUGGCAGCCAUGUGGAUGGUUUCCCUGACUAGAGUUAAUUCCGGCGACGUGAGCGAAUAUUACUACGCACCUCUUGCAUACGGUUCAGCUAGUUCCGGUUGUGAGAUGACACUUCAAGCGUACCCUAAUGUCGCAGAUGGACAAGCACUGUAUAUAACUAUGUCUACUAGAUACAACGAAACCUAUACAGACGACACAAACCUAACACUGGACUCUUCCGUGAUGUAUAGAUCAUCUCGUAUUUUAUCACGUGUUCACCGAUUCACAUCAGACGCUCGCCCUAAUAUGCAGAUCUUGUCAGACAAGGGUGAUGUCAUGUAUAUCCCAUCAUCACAUCAACGUGCGACAUCUUAUUUGCUUCUGCUAGACGACGCAAGUCAACACGGCGAACAAGGUGUUUAUUUAGUGGGGAUGAACGAUAAUACAACAGUCAAUGUAUAUAUGAAUACUAACGUCUCUUCGAAUACUUCCAUGGAGAUGGUCGCCUCUAUGCAAUUCAACAAUUACGACACGGUAUUGUUGAACUCUACGUAUACACUCGAUGGUGUCCGAAUGAACAGCAGCCAGUGUUUUGGUAUCGUUGUAAUGUCAGGUGAUGCAGGGGAGCCACUGCAAUUUCAGUACAGACUUUACGUGGGAACGACUUCCAUCCACCAACUCUAUGGGUCAUGAGUUCCACAUCAUGUCGCCGUCAAACGACACUGUCCACAUAUGUAAAUUUAUAGGUACACAGAGUGGAAACAUUUCUGUCAAAAGCGAAGGGAAUUCCACAUUUUACGACAUGUUAGCAUAUACGGCACUGAGAGUGAACCUGACUGGUCGAUCGGAAGUCGUUGUGUCGUCUGCUGAGCCAAUUCAAACUUUAUGUACCACAUGGGUACAGCGUGGAACAUCACAUGACCAGCAAGUGUACCGGAACCAGUAUUUACCACUCCCAGUUGACCUUAUGUCAGGCUGUAAUGUAGCCGUAGUUCAAAAUUGCGGAAACAGUACUUGUAUCAUUGCCAUGAGCGCGAGCAUGUCGGAAAACUUAGACAUCAGAAAACUGAGUGAGAAAUCAAAAACUACUGUGGCGUCCGUAAGGACUACUGUUCUUGAGGACAGAAAAUACCAUAUAUGGAACAUUUUGAAUCUCACUGACGGCGCUUAUGUACUGGAGACACAGGAUAAUGUUCCUCUGAUGGUUUUUGUUCAGGACCUAUCUAUCGGACGUUUCUUUCCUCUCGAAACCUCGGCGUGCAACUCAUCUAUGAACUCACAAUCAUUUCCAGGCAAAGGUUCUUCGACUGGCGUUGUGAUAACUCCACAGUAUCUAGUGGAAAAUUCAACAGGAGAACCUAACGCCUCCUUACAUAGCAAUACUACCACGGGAAUCGAUUCGACUGGCUCGUCCAUCACCGGCUCAAUCAACAAUGCGUCAGUGACCUCAACGGUGAGGUCAACCACAACACCAACAAAACAUGUGGUCGUAUCAAAAUAUUCCUUCAUGUACAAUGAAAUUUCCGAUGAUGACAGAAUUCCUUAAUGAAUAUAUGAUAGCUGUUAUCGUUUCUCUUGGAACAGCCAUCUUCGCUGUGGUCGCUGUACUUUCUACGUUUUUAUUGUUAGAAGUUCUCUCAAGGAGAAGACAACUCGGAAACAGCAAGAUCAGACCUAUGGUCUCUUAGAUACGUAGUUUUAUUGUCUCCAGCAAAGUGUUCAUGUUAACUCUUGUUUUGUUGGUAUCUUAAUUAUGAAUCAAAUAAAUCUAUUUUUACAACUUCAA